CCCAAUUCCGGGCGGGGAUUGGUUCGUUUAGAAUAUCGACAACGAUGGGACGCCGCUUUCCGAGCUUACCUCACCCGAUUGGACGCCCGCAAACCCGUCGCGCUCUGCGGUGACCUCAACGUCGCCCACGCCGAAAUCGACCUUCGUAACCCCCGAGCCAAUCGGCGCUCGGCCGGCUUUACCCUCGAAGAACGAGAAGGUUUCGGGGCGUUGUUAGAAGCCGGAUUUUUGGAUUCUUUCCGCCAUCUUUAUCCCAGCAUUCCUCACGCUUACACUUUUUGGACUUACUUGGGCGGGGCCCGCGACCGUAACGUCGGUUGGCGCCUCGAUUAUUUCGUCAUCUCCCGCCGUUUGGAAGGAGCCCUUUGCGAUAGCAAGAUCCGAUCCCGCGUUCUGGGCAGCGACCAUUGUCCAAUCACCCUCUACCUCGCCCUCUAG